AUGUUCCAAAAGGUGUGGCCGAACAAAAAUUCGAUUAUAGAUUUGUACACCUGGUGGAAGGAUAAAGCUGAAUCUAUUGCUCUUUCAAAUGUUUGGCUGGCAGGGUUCAUCUUAGUUCCAUUCCAUAUCUGGCAAGAGCAGAACUUGAGGCAUUUUGAAGGUCAAGGUAACCUCUCUAGUACUGUUAUGCGCCUCAUCAAAUUUGACCUUAGGGAUGCUUCAUCUUUCAUGCAUUGCAAAAUUAGAUCUUUUCAAGAUUUGAGGAUAGCACGUGAAAUUGGAGUCUCUUUCCCGAAUGCACAAUCCAACCAUAUUAUUGAAAUUUUGUGGAGGAAACCGGAAAAUAUUUGGACAAAACUCAACAUUGAUGGUUGUUCCUUGGGAAACCGGGGUCACUCAAGUGCUGCAGGUAUCUUUCGGAACUACCAGGGUCAUCCAACAGGUAGCUUUUCUCACUAUUUGGGGAUCUCUACAAACUUUCUUGCUGAGUUUUCAGCUUUCUUUAUUGGUGUUCAAAUGGCAAGAGGAAAAAAAAUACAAUUUCUUUGGAUUGAGUGUGAUGUUGAAGUUGUGGUUACAUCUAUCAAGAACGGAAAUACUCUGUGGAAGUUCAAACAAAAUUGGUUUGGUGUAGUUAGCGACCUUCAAGCUAUAACGUGGAAAAUCACCCAUAGUUACAGAGAGGUUAACACAAUUGCAGAUCUUCUAGCCAAGAGGAUUGCUUUUACUCAGGUUUCUCACUUUUGGGUUGAAUCUCCUAUUUUUGUUCAUCAUGAGAUUGAAUGGGACUUGCAGGAAAGGAGUCGCUUCCGAUUUGUUCAUAGUUGA